CUCCUUGAAGAGUCGACCCGGUGCGUGUUCGUGUUGCUUACGGGUCGAGAGUUUCACCCUGCUCUUUCGAGAUGGACAAAUCAAAGCCGGCGACAAUAAUUUUGGCGCUUACUCUUUCGGUGUCGACGUUCGCCCAGCUCAGGGUGCCCCUUCGACGAAUGAGGUCUGUACGGGAAACUUAUGAAGGUUUCGACAUACCGUCCACUCCGCUUGAGUACUGCGCAGUGGGAAAUGAAAUGUUUGCGAAACUAUUGAAGAACUAUAUGGAUGCGCAAUACUACGGCGACCUCUCGAUUGGAACACCGCCGCAGUACUUUCGCAUCCUCUUCGACACUGGCUCCUCGGACCUGUGGGUUCCGUCCGUCAAGUGCAGCGAGAACGACCGCAUCUGCGGCCUUCACCAGCUCUACAACCCUGCGAAGUCAUGCACGUACGAACGCAAUGGCACGCGCGUGGGACUCGUCUACGGAAGCGGACCCGUACAUGGCGAGGUCGCCGUUGACGUCGUCACCAUCGGCAAUCACUCCGUGAAGAGUCAGGCAUUCGUCCAGUCCGACAACAGGCGUGGCACGGCAUUCGCCUACGCCAAGUUUGACGGCAUCCUGGGCUUGGCCUAUCCGGAGAAGUCAGUGCUGGGGGCCACUCCAGUCUUCGACAACAUGAUUCAGCAGGGAAUCGUUCGUGACGCCGUGUUCUCGGUGUUCCUCAAACGUGGAGCCGGCGCUCUGGGGAUCCUGACGGGAAUCGACGGUGGCGAGAUCUACUUCGGAGGAGUUGACGAAGCCCGCUACUUAGGCGAGCUCUUCUACGUGCCCGUCUCGAAGAAGGGCUACUGGCAGCUGGCUGUCGACAGUGUUAAGUUCGGCGUCCACGAUUUCUGCUCGCGAGGCUGUCAAGCCAUCGUCGAUACCAGCAGUUCGACAAUCACAGGGCCUUCGGAUGACGUCGACCGUAUCAUCAGCUUGCUCGGCGCCACGCCCUUUUCUUCGCGAUUGAAUCAAGUAGACUGCUUGUUGGUAAACGAUCUCCCAAUUCUUACCUUCAUAAUAGGAGGCAGGUCGUUGGAAGUGCGACCGGAAGACUACAUUGUUAAGCUGAAGCAAGGCUAUACGACGUCGUGCGUGGUCUUCAUCAAAUCCAACGACUUCGGCUCGAGCUACGGAUCACUCUGGAACCUCGGCGACCCGUUCAUCGGCCGCUACUUCACUGUUUUUGACCGCGGCAACGAUCGCCUGGGCUUCGCGGAGGCGCGCUGAGCGGCGUU